CUCCCAAUAGUCUUUCUUCACUUCCACCGAGUGCACAUUCCCCAGCUGUCCUCCCCAGAUCCACCCUUGCGGUAUAUACUCCAUCACUCAACCCUAUACAUAGUAUACAUACAUACAACCCUUCACACACUCACAGAGUCGCAGAGAACCCCGAAGAUCCUCCAGAUUUCUCUCUCUCUCUCGCUCGCUCUCUAAAAUCGCAACAGUCGUAGGCUCUGUAUUUUAAGCGGAAAGCAAGAAGAAAAAUGGCUUCCCCUGGCAAUCCAAACCCACCAGGCGGAGGUCCCUUCGAUAUGCAGAAACUGUUCAAACCCUCCGCUCCCCUGCCACCGCCUCCGUCCACCUCAGCCCCCAAUUCUAACCCUAAUCCCCAAAAUUUUGUCACCAAUAACGUGAGCAACACUGUCACUAACCCUAAUCUGGCUUCGGGCCCUUUCCCGCCGCCAUCCGCCUCCUACCCCCCGCCGACCGGAGGCGCAUACUCGUUUCCGCCCCAGACAGCGCCGUUCCACUACCAUCCUGUCUACCCCGCCUAUUCGAAUCCACCUCAGCCCCACCAGGACUUCUCCAACGCAGCCCACCCACAGAGGUCUAUGUCUUAUCCUACGCCGCCUCUCCAGCCCCAGGGGCAGCCGCCUACGGCCCCUCACAACGCCAAUUUCUGUAACCCCCCUAAUCCUCAAAACCCUAACAGCCAUGGAGCUCGGUUGAUGGCGCUGUUGAGUGCGCCUCCUUCUACGCUCGAAAUCCCGCAGCAGCAGACUACGAUGGCUAUGCCUCAAAUCCACCCAACUUCCUCCUCGGGUUCGGAUUUGUUCGCACCACAGCACUUGCCAUCUGGGCCUGGUUCAGGGAUUUUGCAUCAAUCGCCUGUGAUGCGGAUGCCGAGCAGUAAGCUCCCCAAGGGACGGCAUUUGAUUGGAGAUCAAUUGAUUUAUGACAUAGAUGUUAGAUUUCCGGGCGAGGUGCAGCCUCAACUUGAGGUUACACCCAUUACAAAAUAUGGUUCUGACCCUGGGCUAGCCGUGGGCAGACAGAUUGCAGUAAACAAAACGUAUAUAUGUUAUGGGCUGAAGUUGGGUGCUAUAAGGGUGCUCAAUAUCAAUACUGCUCUGAGGUCAUUGCUCAAGGGUUUAGGCCAGAGGGUCACAGACAUGGCUUUCUUUGCUGAGGAUGUUCCCCUUCUAGCUAGUGCAAGUGUGGAUGGUCGGGUUUAUGUCUGGAAGAUCACUGAAGGUCCAGAUAAAGAAGACAAACCACAAAUUACUGGAAGGAUCAAUAUUGCUAUACAAAUUACUGGAGAAGGGGAAUCUGUUCAUCCUAGAGUUUGUUGGCAUUGUCAUAAACAGGAAGUUCUUGUGGUUGGAAUAGGGAGACGUGUUUUGAAGAUAGACACCACAAAAGUUGGUAAAGGAGAAAAGUUUUCAGCUGAGGAGCCACUUACUUGCUCCAUUGAGAAAUUGAUUGAUGGAGUCCAAUUAGUUGGCAGCCAUGAUGGAGAAGUGUCUGACUUGUCUAUGUGCCAGUGGAUGACAACACGUCUGGUCUCUGCUUCAGUAGAUGGCACGAUUAAGAUUUGGGAAGAUAGGAAGUCUCAACCUGUCGCAGUUCUUCGGCCACAUGAUGGCCUGCCUGUUAAUUCUGUCAUGUUUUUAGCUGCUCCUCACCGGCCAGAUCAUAUCAUACUCAUCACAGGGGGUCCGCUUAACCGGGAAAUGAAAAUAUGGGUAUCAGCAAGUGAAGAAGGCUGGUUGCUUCCUGGUGAUGCUGAGUCAUGGCAUUGUACUCAGAAGUUGGAGUUGAAGAGUUCAGAGGCUCAAGCAGAAGAAGCCUUUUUCAAUCAAGUAGUAGCAUUGUCACAAGCUGGUCUUCUUUUAUUAGCAAAUGCGAAGAGGAAUGCAAUAUAUGUCGUGCACUUGGAAUAUGGUCCCAACCCAGAGGAAACACGCAUGGAUUAUAUAGCUGAGUUUACUGUCACCAUGCCGAUACUCAGUUUCACUGGGACAAGCGAGUUGCUUCCUCAUGGUGAUCAAAUUGUGCAGGUAUAUUGUGUCCAGACACAGGCAAUUCAGCAGUAUGCUUUAGACUUGUCACAGUGCCUGCCACCCCCUCUGGAGAAUAUCGCUUUUGAGAAGUCAAACUCCAAUGUCUCUUUGGAUGCUGCUACUGCACCUGUUGUAGAGCAGCCAUCUAGCGGGAAACAAACUGAGUUACCCAUUUCUAGUUCUGCACCCAAAGUUUCCAUUCAUGAAAGUGGAUUGGAUGCUGCAUCUACAGUGAGGUACCCUGUUAUCCAUGCUCCUGCUGAGUCACCCAUGCCACAAGAGUUAUCUUCAGCUACAGAAACAAAAUUAGUUCUUCAGCCUGAGGUUGCUAAUGAUACCGUUUCAUCUGCAGCUUCACCUUCUAUUCCUUUAAGCCCUAGGUUGUCCAAAACACUUUCUGGCUUCAGAAGUCAAUUGAGUGGUCAUGGCCUUUCAACCAAUGAUCAUGGAUCGGAUCUGAAAAUUGUUGAGUACUCAGUUGACCGUCAGAUGGAUGUUGUUCAUGCGAACGUAUCAGAUGUUGCUUCGUUAGAUAGUGAUUCAAGGAAUGGUGAUAAUGAACACUUCCAAAAUGAGUCUAUAGCUGUCAACCAACAGAUUAAAUUCAAACACCCAACUCAUUUGGUGACUCCUUCUGAAAUUUUGAUGGCCAAUUCAGUCUCUGAAGCGAGCCACACCAUUGACCCCAAAAGUAAUGCUGAGCUAAAUAUUCAAGAUGUGGUGGUUAGCAACGACAUCAGAAAUGUUGAGGUGGAGGUUAAAGUUGUGGGUGAGACGAGAUAUAGUCAAAGUAAUGAUAUUGGACCUUCCCAGGGUCUUACGACAGAAAAUAAGGAAAAAUCAUUUUGCUCUCAAACAUCCGAUCUAGGAAGUGAGGUGGCUCGAGAAUGUCGUGUUGUAUCUCAUGAGGCUUAUACUAUUGAGGAAGCUAGGCAGUUUAAUGUGACUGGUGAAUCUGAAACCAUUGCUCAAUCUACAACUGUAGAAGAGCUCCAUGAAUCUUUAAAGGAUGCUUCUCAGCAGGGUACUGAUUCAACGAUUCGUAUAACAGCUCAACAACCUUCAACAAGUGGGAAAGGAAAAAAGCAGAAGGGUAAGGGUGGUCAAGGAUCAGGGUCAUCUUCACCAUCGCCAAGUGCUUUCGAUUCAGCAGAUUCCGCUACUGAACAUGGUGUUAGCUUAAGUACUCCGAUAGGGAAUGCAAUCCCACAGAUAUAUUCCAUGCAAGAGAUGCUGAACCAGGUUGUAUCUAUGCAAAAGGAAAUGCAGAAGCAGAUGGCAACAAUGAUUGCUGCACCAGUUAAUAAAGAAGGCAAAAGACUUGAGGCCGCAUUGGUACGGAGCAUGGAGAAAGCUGUCAAAUCUAAUGCUGAUGCUUUGUGGGCCCGUAUUCAAGAAGAGAAUGUAAAACAGGACAAGGCAGUACGGGAUCGCGUGCAACAGUUAACAAAUAUGAUGAACAAUUGCUUAAACAAGGACCUGCCAGCAAUUAUUGAGAAAACUGUGAAGAGAGAACUGGCUACUGUGGGACAAUCUGUGGCGCGAACAAUAACACCCACCAUAGAGAAGAUAAUAUCUGCCUCCAUAGCUGAGAGCUUCCAGAAAGGGGUGGGUGAUAAAGCUGUAAAUCAACUGGAGAAAUCUGUUAACAACAAACUCGAAGCUACAGUUGCUAGGCAAAUCCAAGCUCAGUUUCAAACUUCUGGCAAACAAGCUCUUCAGGAGACACUGAAAUCAAGUAUGGAAGUUUCUGUGAUCCCAGCUUUUGAGAUGUCAUGCCGGGCCAUGUUUGAGCAGGUGGACGCCACAUUUAAGAAAGGAAUGGUUGAACAUUCAGCCGCAGUUCAUCAACAAUUUGACGCAUCACAUUCACCAUUGGCAAUUGCACUAAGGAAUUGUAGUUUCUUUGCUUAUCCAAUUCCUUUUGUGCUUUCCAUAUCCAACUGCAUCACUAAUUCAGGCUUUACUUUACAGGAUGCCAUAAAUUCAGCAUCAUCAAUGACUCAAACUUUAAGCAGUGAGAUUCUUGAUGGUCAAAGGAAAUUGUUAGCUCUUACUGCGAACACUAAAGCAGCAAAUCCGUUGAUUGGUCAGCUGAGCAAUGGUCCUCUGGGUGGUCUCCAUGAGAAGCUUGAGGCACCACCUGACCCGACAGCAGAAAUAUCUAGACUGAUAGCUGACCGCAAGUAUGAGGAGGCCUUUACUGCUGCACUGCAGAGGACUGAUGUUACUAUAGUAGCCUGGUUAUGUGCCCAGGUUGAUCUGCCGGGGAUCUUGUCCUUGAAUCCCCUGCCUUUGAGCCAAGGUGUGCUCCUCUCUCUUCUGCAGCAGUUGGCUUGUGACAUCACCAAAGAUACAUCUCGGAAGCUGACAUGGAUGAGAGAGGUGCUAUCUGCUAUAAAUCCGGCAGAUGCAAUGAUUGUGGUCCAUGUUCGUCCCAUCUUUGAGCAAGUCUACCAGAUACUGAGUCACCACCGUAACCUUCCGACUUGUAGUGGGCCCGACCUUUCCAACAUCCGCCUCAUCAUGCAUGUCAUCAAUUCCAUGCUUAUGACCUCCAAGUGAUUGCAAGUUUGAUUAUUGUGGUUUUUAUUGUAAGUUUCGUACAGAUUUCUAGGGAUACUCAGUGGGGUGAGGGAAUGAACGUGUAGAGUGAAUCUCACCUUC